GCAGUUCCCACCUCCUAUUACAAACACCCCCAACAAGCAGACAAGAACGGCGACGUCAGCUCUCCCCUCCAGACUGAAGAAGAAGAAGAAGAAGAAGAAGGAGAAGGCAGACUGCCAUCAUACCCCCUCCCCUCCCAGCCUCGAUCUGACGGUCCCAAAUCCGAAUUCGCGAUGGCGGAACCGUGAAUUGGAUGGCUCUGUUCCUCCUCCUCCUGCUCCUGAUGCUCCUUCCAAUAACAGCAUAUGGGGGCCAAAUGGAUGUAGCGAAGGAGGUAAGGUAUCAGUUGCUGGAGAGAAACCCAGGAAACAAUAUGUUGGAGAAGUGGAAUGGGGACCCCUGCUUGUCUCCUCCCUGGGAAGGCUUCUACUGCCUACCACAGAAUGGCACCUUUGUCAUUUUCAAGCUGGAUCUCUCAUCAAAGAGCUUGCAAGGGCCAAUUCCUACAGCCAUAGGUUACCUAACAGACUUAAUUGAGCUGAAUCUGGAUAAUAAUAACUUCACAGGAUCCAUUCCAGAAUCUUUUGAGUUGCUCAGGAAAUUAUCAAAUUUGUCAAUCAAUUGCAAUCCAUCAUUGAGCGAUCAACUUCCUACAGGGUUAUCAAAAAGGAUGAAUUUUACGUUAAAUUCAAGAAAUUGUUAUGAUCAAGAACAGACACCUCCUCAACGAAAUAAUUACACAGUAGGAAGCAUUGCUGGAGGAUCUCUUGCCUGUACAUUUGCUCUUGGGAUGUUUUUAACUUGUUUCUACAGACGUGUUCGCCCCCCUGCUGAAAGAGGCCACCCAGCUAUAAAGAAUCCAGUAUUUUCAGAGAGCAUUCACGAUCCUACCAACCCUGUGGUACAGCAGUUUCCACUUCAGUACAUCCAAAAUGCCACAGAAAACUACAAAACCUUGAUAGGGGAGGGUGGAUUCGGAGUUGUCUACAAAGGUGUUCUGCCACAUGGUCAAGAAGUGGCUGUCAAAGUUCGAUCGUCCUCAUCAACUCAGGGAACACGCGAGUUCAACAAUGAGUUAAGGAUUCUCUCAACCAUUCAGCAUGACAACUUGGUCCCACUUCUUGGCUAUUGCUGUGAGAAUGAUCAGCAAAUCUUGGUCUAUCCAUUCAUGUCCAAUGGUUCGCUACAAGAUCGUCUUUAUGGUGAAGCAGCAAAAAGGAAAGUGCUUGAUUGGCCUACUAGACUGUCUAUUGCACUUGGUGCUGCUAAAGGUUUGAUGUACCUUCACAAUUUUGCUGGGCGCUGCAUCAUCCACAGGGAUGUCAAAUCUAGCAACAUUCUUCUAGAUCAUAGCAUGAUCGGCAAAGUGACCGACUUCGGUUUUUCAAAAUAUGCGCCUCAAGAAGGGGACAGCGGAGCAUCCCUGGAAGUGAGAGGAACUGCGGGAUACCUGGACCCUGAGUAUUAUUCGACCCAGCAGCUAUCAGCCAAAAGUGAUGUGUUUAGUUUUGGUGUCGUUCUUUUAGAAAUUGUAACAGGAAGGGAGCCUCUCAACAUUCACAGGCCGCGAAAUGAGUGGAGCUUAGUUGAAUGGGCAAAACCGUUUAUAAGAGAGUCAAGGAUCGAAGAAAUCGUGGAUCCGACCAUUAAGAGUCAAUACCACUCAGAAUCAAUGUGGAGAGUGGUAGAGGCUGCCUUGGCAUGUACAGAGCCCUUCGCGACCUUCCGUCCAAGUAUGUCGGAUAUCGUCAGGGAGCUCGAGGACGCCUUAAUAAUCGAGAACAAUGCCUCGGAGUAUAUGAGAUCCAUCGAAAGCACAGGAGGGUCCAACCGCUUCUUAUCUGUAGAGAGGAAGAUGCUUGCUCCAGCCUCUACCACAGGCGAACCGGCUUUGAAUUAUUGUCCAAUUCCUAGAUGAGUCACGCACGAAUCACUAUAAUAUGCAGGUGAAUGAGCUUUUGAUGUAUAAGAUAUCUGGAUCUGCCUUGUUGCAAAACAAAAAUCCACUUGUUCCUUGAUUUUGCAACUUCGGGCCAAACUAUCCUUUUACAGGACCAAAAUUCUCUUGGCUGAAAUUUCCAAUGGAUGUUUUUUCUAGUGCAAAAAACAUAAAAAGGGUGGAUUGCUGCAAAAUCUGAAAUAUAGUGGAUUAUUGUUCCGCAAAAGCCCCAUUCAAUUGGAUUGGCAUGAGAACAUCUAAAUCAAGAUACAGGAGAGGAAACGAAACACUCUUUUAGGUUGUUAUUGUUUGUCCAUGUACAGAGCACUUGCAAACUUUUUCUGAGAAAAAUUCAAAUAGUAUCAGUUUUAGGCCAAUCAAGUGUUCCAAUGACUUGCGACUUCGCAAAAUGAUUUUACAAUUUCAACAUGACACUUUGUGAAAUGAUUUGCAUUAUCCUGCAUUCAGAACAGUUUCAAUUAAGGGUUAAUGUGAUAGUUUAGCUUA